GCAUAUCGUGGCGGCAUUCGUUCGUUAGUUAUUACGCGAACCGGUUUCUCGUGCGGUGGUGUCGAACAACGCAAACUUCCUGUUAAAAAUUUACGAAAAUAAAUAAUUUGGCUAGUUAAAUUUUUGUGUGCUUCGUUUUGUAUAUACAAUUAACAAUAAAACUAUUAUUGUGGUGUGUGUGUGGUGAAUUGCGUGCAUUUCUUUCAAUUGGAAACGUGUAGUCUCACAAUGGUUCUACACGUCACUAACAUGUGCUGUGGAAUCAAAUUACGCACUAUAUGUUUCGUCAUCGCUUAUCUGCAUUUGGUGUCUUGUGUCUUGGAUAUAGCGUUUCAUUUGCUGACAGUUGCUAUUGUCACUGAUGGCUUCCAGUGCGACGUUAAUUACGAUAAGUUCAGCGCUAUACCCUGGGCGGUUGUGGAGCCUUUACUUCUGGUUCUAAACCUCGGAACCCACGGCUUCUACCCAUUCCCGGGGACAUUUAGGCGUCAGUACAAUAUGUAUGUUGAGUACACAUCGAUUAUCGCAGAGCCCAGAUGCUAUCCCGGUAUUCUCCACGUAUACCUGGUUGACAUCCUCAAUUUUCUCAUUAAUCUGAUUUGGUUGAGGAUUGUCGUGUCCUAUUUGGGAGCAUUAUAUAAGAGAAAUCCUGAACCGAUGCGAAUGUUCCUCAGCCUCUCCAUAGUAAAGGUCGUGAUGCAAAUCAUUUAUUUCGGAUACCAACCGCAUUUCUUCGAUAUAUUCGGUAAUGAAACUUACUGGUUCCUGAAACUCCUUGACAUAUUCAUCGCCGUUGUCUUCAUUACAAUCAUUCAGAAAUACACCAAGGCACUGCGCUUGGAAAGGGCGACUGGUAUCUCAGAGAAGCCCCCUUCUUACGUCGAAUGCCUGAUCAACGCAAGCCUCCAAGGUUUCCAAAGGAGUCCACCGAAGAAAGAACAGGUCAUCGACAUCGAUGAGAAGAAAACUGUAGAGAAACCGAACAUAGAGAGUCCUGCUUAGAAUGGAUGUUGUUACUGGGGUGGGUCGGACAGCCGUUAUACAAUAGAAAUAAGACUUCAAACCUGUCUUUUGGUAGCAGCUCACACGUUGAUGCCCAUGGGAACCGCAAGCCCGUUUGCCCGUAUUAAAUUAUUAAUAUCCAAACCAUAAACUUCAAUGUAUUCCUAUAAUUUAAUUUUCAAGUUUUUUUUUUUAUAUAGAUAAUAAGAUAAGGGAAAUUAAUAAGGAAAUGUUUGGGAUUUUUGUUUGUUUGUUUUUUUUUUAUAAAUGAAUAAGAAAUACUAGAACAGAACCUCGGAUCUGGAAAUUUGAUUAUUAGAUACAUAUUUUAUUUAUUUUGUUACAGACUUUUUAAUUGGUAAUUAAAAUUAGGUGUCAAACUCAAAUGUUAUAUUUAAUUUAGUAAAAAAAAUUGAAAAUGUGACGUUAAAAUAUCAAUAUCUCGUCUCGGAGAAUUUAAAUUUGAAUUUGAUUUAAAGCUUGCUCAAAGCCGGUAUGUACUCGUAUUACGGAGCUGUCCUAGAUAAAAGCUAAUUAAUGUAUCGAUACCAUACAUGAAGAGUUGACGGUUAAACAAAAGCUUCCAUAUUCGAAUGAAAAAGCUAUUGUAACUCCGCGUACCCACAAAUAAAGCAGGGCUUUAGUGAUCGUUCUAAAACAAUAUUUUUUUAUGUAAUUUAAAACCUUAAAAAACACGCUUAAACAACCGAAUUAAAAACAGUUUUUUUUUUAAUUAUCCUGUUAAUUAGGUAUUUUGUUCGCUCUAACAACCUGGUCAGGAUAUUGGCGCGAAUUUAUAAAAUUAAUAUAUCUUUUCUCCUUACCUAUUCGUUGGUACCCUAUGAGGCUAUUCCAGGGGUAAACGUAACGUCAUUACUGUUUGAUUUACCUACAACUUUUAAAUACGGACGUCUUAAAGUCUGUGACAAUAACCUUCUCAAAUCCCAUUAAAUUCGAACACACUUGCCAAGCUAAUGAAGGCGUGUUCAGGAUAUUUUAGUCUGUCUUCACAACUGUCUCAACCAAAAAACACAACCCUCUAAAUUUCACAUAAAAAUGACGCGGCAGAAUGAAUCUCCUCAAUUUUGCAAUUCGGAAUCAUUAAUAUCACCUACGAUUAUUUUAUUCGAUUUUAAUAAAAUCGAUUUAAUUAACUUCGUUAAUCUAACUUCGUUUCCUUCGAUUUUCGCGUGGACACAAUUAAAAGUACUUUUACGAUUUAAACUCACGUUUAUUGUUUCCAUUCGAUUAUUAUCUACAUUCGAAUAUAUCUUUAUCAGUUACUCGUUGUUGUUCGUUGAAAUUUCAAAAUUAUGUUGACUAGCGUCGUAAUCAUUAAAUUAAAAUACUCAGUCCGAGAUUUUAAUAGUUUUGAUUAGUUUCGAUUGAUAUAAACUCCGACGAGUUCCAAUUCUGCUCGGCGUCAACUGCGCCAAUCAAGCGUUACUAUUUCAAGGGCGCAAAACAACUGAUACAAAAAAAUAUACACUUUAACCUUGUCUAUAUGUCGCGGAACUGACGACCUCAACGAUUACCGGGUACAUUAUCACAUUAAGUAAGCACUCAUUUGCCGAUCUACUCUAAAUUAUUAUAUACGUCACUUGCGUCACGCAAUAAACCCGAUUAAAAAAAAUCGAUUUCUAAAACGUCAUCGUGGUAAUCGAUAAAUUUAUAAUUAGCUAUUUCGAUAUAAUGUUAUUAUUAUUCUAGAAUUUAUUUUUCACGGUAUUGAGAUGAUUAUUAUUAUUUUUGAAAAACAAGUUAAAUUUACAAAAAGAAUAUAUAGAUAAUUAUAAAUUAGACGACUGAAACCAAUUAUUACUUGUAUGUCGCGAACUGACAAUGUUUAGUAGAAAUAAAAUGUUGUAUUCUAUUUUUUCUGAUAAUCUAGAGUGUGUACAAAUUACAUAAUGAAUGUACUAUUGAAAAUUA